GGAAACAGUGCCACUGGGUUGGACGAUAUUCACAAAGAGCACUGCUGAUUUCGCGAACCCACUACAUGAAUACCGAUGUCGUCAGCCCUCGUUAUCGUAUCACCGUCAAACAGCUACUUGACCAUCCAUGGAUCAACCACAAGUACAGUCAAAAGCUAAAGUGGACUAGCAUUUAUGAUAGGAACGUAGUUGACGAAGAAGUUGCCACUGAAUUAGCCUUUCAUCACAGAAAAUCUCUCGCAGAGAUGACCGAUCUGAUCAAGGAAUGGAAGUUUGACUACCUCACCGCGACUUACUAUCUGCUACUACAGCAGAAGGGACGUAAGAAGAAAAUAGCACUGCCCCCUCUCAGACCGAAAACGACCUUUCUUUAGGGUGAAUCACGUGUAACUGCAUCUCCAACAAUCCACGCUUCUCUUGAACAUAAUCUUGAUCUCUCGGAUCUUGACGAUAGUCCUGAUGUCUAUCUAUCCCCGCAAAGUUUCCGAUCUGGAAGCAUCAUCAGUGAGCGUUUUGAUGCGAUGUGGCGACAUAAUGAGCGAGAACGUGGUGGUGGGAGAGGUCAACAAAGAACAACCAACAGAGCAGCUGAAAAAACCUCAUAUAUGAAUGUAAUAUUCAACACUCCAUCUGUUUGCACUGGAAGAUCUCCUCGGCACAAAUUGUCUUACAACUCUCCAACACCUACAAGCUCCACUCCACACAGAGCGGCACAAAAACCUUUUGCACGUAGCAUGCAUGCAGGGUAGCUUUGGUUGUGACUCAAGCUAUGAUAAGGAGAACUAUCGCACAGGAGCAGCCAGCGUACGAGUUCGUGGACCAGUCAAAAUCAUAG